UCGUGCCUCUUUAUUCGCCUCUGUCUCUCUUGUUUCUGAAGAUGCCUCCAUUGGCUUUCGGGAUGAUUUCGGCAAGCGAGGGCUUGCUGUGUGGUGGUGGUUUUGGGAUUGUGUGUGUGUUUUCAUUUCUUUCGGGGUGUUGUGUAUAUUUCUCCGUCAGAACAGAAACAAAGUUUCCUCCGUUAUGAAUUAUACAUUCAAACAAUAACACAUUAAUUCAAUUAUUCAAAGAUGACAAAUGUUUAUGUGCUUUGCAAGUGACUCCAGCCAACAGAUUCCAGGCGCUUUUGCCGAGCUGCUUGCAUUUUUCUCAAUGAGAAUCGUCUUUCUGCCCCCUCAUCCACUCCAACCCACUCAGACAUCCCCUUGUAGGCCCAUAGAGGAACCCACAAAAAGCUCCCCACCCCUGUUGGCAGCCCGGCAGCCCGGCAGCCAACAGCCUCCCAAGGCCUGGGCUUGGCGGGCACCGGCCUGGGCUAUUUUAUCAGUGUGACAAUUGCCUGGGUUGGUGUGAUAAAUCAUCGUAAGUAAUUCCUGAAAGGGUGCGAGACUGUUGGGGGCCGGGUGAGGACUGUAAAUCUUUCCGGUUUAUUGCUCUAUGAACAUAUGCUCUGAUUGAAGAAGGCUUAGAUCCCUUCCUAGAGACAAAUUCCUGCAAAGCAGUCCCCCUCUUUGACUCAGGAUUAACACUUGCUGCUGAGACCACCGACUGGGCGCCUGGGGAGAGGCUAGGGGGUAGGGUCCUCCCGGUGGGGUUGGACUAGGUGCACCCCAGAAAAAUGCCAACUGGGUCCUUGGCCAGUCUGGGCCAGGUGAACAAAAGAAGGGACUUGCUGAUGGGUUUGGAGUCUCAGGCCUUCGGACCUUCCUGUGCCUCUGGAGUAGGGAUGUGGUGGGGCCUUAGCCCCCUCCUCCCGGCUCAUCUAUGUCUGCUGGGCGUUUUCUUUGGUCAAAGACCCUGGAAUCAGCGACAGAGCACUGGCCCCGUGUGUGAUGCUGCUGAGAAGCAGAGCUGGAGAGGAAAUCGAGACUGGGUUGGGGGCCUUGGGGUGGAGAGGCCCCGGUUGUGUGGGGAUUUUUGAAUGCGGGCCUGGGCUAUGGGAGGGCCCUGGGAGCUCAAUACCGUACAGGCCAGGAGCUGGCUCAGCCUCGCCUAAUUUUUUCCACAUGCAGAAUUCCCACCCAACCACUCCCUAGAGUGGUGGGAACCUGUCCUGAUUUCAUAUGUCUUAUGUAGAAGUUUCCUUGUCCCCCAGGUAAGCCUGGCCAGGACUGCUUUCACAGCCCUCCUCGCCUUCCAGGAGGCGCCGCAGGAAACGGGAAGCGGUGGCCUGGCAGUCGCUGGGUUUGAUACGCGGGUCGCGCCCAGCUCUGGAGGUGCGCCAGUCACAGUGGGCAGCGGCUUGGUGCCUGGGAGGCUCCAGGUCUCGAAGGACACGGUUGGGGCACUUGGGACGCAAAGACGGGAGGUCGCUCUGGGUUCAGCCGCCUGCUAGGCUAAGCUUCUUCUGUGGCUCUGAAGUGGCGACGACUCCGCUGUUGCUGAGUGUGGAACUAGCCAAGGGCCCAAGGAGUGGGGGUGACGGCGGAGUUCCCUGAGGUGACAGCCAGGGCUGAGAGCCGGUGGUUUCCACCUUAGAGCCGGAGCCAGAGCAUUGUCUCAACGAAACUACCUCGCUGGGGAAGUGGAGAGCAGGCGGCGGCUUAGGAGGCGGGAAGUGUUUUGCCCUGGUGCUUGCUGAUUCGGUGUAGGGGGCUCAGCUGCAGCCAGGGAGUUAGGGGAACUCUGGGCCUCUGGUGUUCCUCAGCCAUCUCCAGAGAACUUUGGAGGAGGCCUGCAAGAUUUCCAACCCCCGGAAUAAUCCGGUGCAAGGCCCGGCCAGUGUCAGAGGUCGUAGGGAGAGACUUUCAUCGCCCCCAUCCCGCUGCGUGUGGCCAGGCUGGGGCUGAGUCGGUCCGGAGCUGAGAGCUAAGGUUCUUUCCUUCCUCCCCAUACCCAGCCAUAUUUGCCCCAAGGUAGGGGCCGGGACCAGUGCCUCCUGUGCCCCUCCUCCCAACCCCCAGGCCUGGCUGAGCUCCGGGGCUGGAUGGCGUGAAAGUUUCAACCUCAAUCAGUACAAUCUUCCCUCGGGGUCACGUGAACAAAUAUGCUCGCAUUUGAAGGCAGCGUCUGUAUUUCCCGACUAUGAGGGGGUUUCUAGGGCUCUCUCCAAAUCCAGAAAGGACCACGUUCCGCAAGCAAAACAAGCCCCGAGCUCUGGGGGGCCUGGGAGGGUUGGGCAGAAGCCCAGGAGUGGGUGGGGGCGCGGGUGGCCGUCGCUCUGGGCCUGAGAGCGGACGGGCGGGCGGGUGGACCGACGGGCGCGCAGCGCGGGCGAAGCCAGCUCGGGGACUACGAACUCAUUCCUCCUGCGUUUAUUGGUAGUUGAACCUCAGCCUGGUUCCGUUCUACCGGGAAUUCCGUAUGCUCGGGUAUAUGGCCGCUUCUGCGAGCACACAAGACCAGGGUUGGGACAGUGUUGUCUGCAGACAAAGGGGGAAGGCUAGCUCUGCCCCCCACUGGCGCCCACUCUGAGGCCGAGGACACCAGGUUUAUGAUAAAUUGAGAUCCAGGUAAGCAAUUGCAUGACAAAAUGGAAAUCUUUGGGCAGGGGGCUGCUUGCCGCCCUAAGCGGGAUACUAAAUAUGAUUUAUUUUGUGUAAUCUGUAAUCUUGAUUAUUGCCAAUUGGUGAGGCAGCCCGCGUAGACGUAGAUACACUUCUACAUAUACACCGAAGGUGGUGAUUUAUCGUAACCAGGCGCGCUUUCUGGGGACGUUCCCCGCCUACCAAAAGGUUAGGAGGACACUACCUUGCCAGGUUUGAGGGUGGCCGAUAGCAUGGGGGUGGAAGAAGCAGUUUGAGGAAGGGAUCUGGUGAAGAUAUUGGGGCUGGAGAAAGUAUUUUUGGAUAAAUGUGCAAUUAUGAGAAUAAGCUGAAAAUAAAAGGAAUUUUAGAAGUUUUUACACUGUCCCUGCUAAAGUAAGUUGGAGCGUCAUAUUAAUUCCGUACCUUGGGCUGCCAGGCUGAGCAUAGGAGGGUUGAUUUAUAAGUAUUUAAAAUAAAUUCAGUGGCUAGCCAGCUCCCUGCAUUGUUCUGGGAGUGAGCUACACAUGCUCAGCCUUUACCUCUUGCUGAUGGCUUAAUAUUUUUUUUUUGAGAGGUUAAAAUGCUACUGAGCUUCUCCCCCACAAAUUCAAGAGAAACCCAAACUAUCCAGAAGAGUUUGGGAGGCUCAUCAAUCUAGGCUUUUUACUGUCAUAGGGACAGAGAAAGGGUUUAGCGUUUCUGGGUCCUUCUCCCUAAAGAAUUCUGAGUGAAGAAUAAACCAUAUACUGGUUCUGGAUCUCUAUGUAUCCUUUUGUUUACUUCUUUUGACUGCUGGCUGGGGGAGAAUACAUCCCAUCCUCAGUCUUUCCAGAGUGAGUGGUUCCAUACUCAAAGGAACUGCCACUGGGCUAGACUGGACUGGACUUCUAUAGGGAAAGGACCCCCAAAGCAAAGAGCAGUUCCUUAACCUAGGUUGGGACAGGCCCCAUCAGGAGAGGGACUGACUUCCAGAGACUAUGGAAGUCCCAUCAAAUGAGAGCAGUAAAGUUGUUUCAUCAAUUGCUGGUGCUUGGUGCUUGGCUCCAUCAAAACCUAAAGUCGCUGGACAUUUUUCUUUGCUGGCUGCCUUGGAGCUCAGCGCCUGCCAGCUUAGUCAGCUGAAUCCAAUUACUGCAAGCAGCAUUUCAUUUGGCCCCAUGGAGCACUCACUUAUAACUUCCCCGAAAAUUUCAAUAAUCCCCAUCAAGGCUCCAGGCUGGCCCUACUCUAAAGAGUUUUCCUGGGGUGCUACUGGGGGAUGGGGCAACAGGGCUGGAGGCUGCCUGGAACCAGGUCUUCCUUGACAGCUGGCAGACAGGGCUCCCUUCUCCUGCUCCCCUCAGUUUUUUGUUUUGUUUUGUUUAAUAUUUAUUUUUUGGCUCUAGGGAGGGUACUAGUGCUGGUGGCCCAGAGCCAGCCUGGCUAAGGCCAAGAUUCUGGGCAAGUAAGGGACCAAAGUUGAGUCAAAAGAUGUUGAGUGACAGGGGAGGGAUCUAAAAGAAAGUGCUAGGAGCUCUUCUGGCGAUCCAACUUUUGCCAACUUGGGCUACUUUUCCAGUCCCAAACCAAUAGCCCAAAGCGCAACAUCACGGAACACCCAGGUGCAAACUAACCCUGUUCCUCCUGGGAUGGAAAACAAAAUCUAGCUUGAGGUAUCAGGGUAUCAUCAUCAUAUCCCUGGGUGGCCUCUUAGAUCUUUCUGAGGGGAGGCUCUUGCUUCUAAAGAACCCCUUUUUAAAAAUAAAUAAUCAAGCAGCAAAAGUUGACGUCCACCCUUGAGAAUGUAUUCUAGGAAGAAGCUUCAGAGAUCCUCUAGCUUGCACCUGGUACCUUGCACCUCCACAGAGACACCCCCAGGGUCUGGACCAGCCAAGGGGGCUGGGAGGGCAGUCAAGUGACUUGCCCCCUGGGCCAAGGCUGGCUAGGAAGGUGAAGCUGGGGCUCCAAGUUAGGAGCCCUACCGGGCUGGUAUCUCUUGGAGCCGCUUCCGUUGGGUGUUCAUUAAGGGGUGAGUUAUUGCAGUGUGAGCCAAAGGUCACUGCAAAGGCUUAUGGCUGUGCGCUGUGGUCUUUAGAAGUGCCUGGAAUGCUUUGUGUGAGGCUUUCUGGGUGUAGUUUAGUGUUUGCAAACUACUGAGUCGACAAAUUGUGCAGAGCAGAUUCAGAAGUGGGAUUCUGUCCUUCUCCAUUCACCUGAGCAGGACAGGGACCCCUGCACACCCAGGCCCCUUAGUCUGGGUUAUGCGGUGGGGAUGAAAAGGAUGUUUGUUUCUUAGGCAGUUUGUAGCCUGAUCCUGAGCCAGAAGUGAGCCCAAGCUAAGAGCAUGGUGGACUUAGAGGAGAGAAUAACUCAGGGAAAGCAUCAGAGGUAGAGUGUUAAUAUACAAACCAGGAAACAGUGCCCUGUUUCCUUUUCACUGAGGCUCUGUGGGGCAGCUUGGACUAGGAUCCAUCCAGGCCUAUCUAUCCACCUUUCCUAGUGCCCUCGUCAGUAGCUUCCCUCCCACUUUUAUUCUGCACAUUAUUUUUUCUGCUCCUAGGACUGUGGGUUUAAACUCCGGGAUUGGAACCAGAGACAUUUAGAGCUUGGUAGGGGCUGGAGGAGAGCAGAACAGUUUCCCUGCACCUCUGACCCACUUGGCACACCCUCUGGCAAGAGGAUCUGGCACUUCCCUCAGGUCUGGGCUUCCCACUCCUCCCCCCCCACCCUAGGAAACCAAGGAUUUUGGUGUUAUCAACUUCUAGCUCCCCAGGAGCCAAAUGAGUCUCUUUUCUGCUGGGGAGAAGGCCUCAGGAUGGCUGUGGGCACCAUAUACGAAAGUCACAUUGAUUGUGAUACCCUUAAAGGGGGUAAAGCCCCUCGACAUGUGUUUUCAAGAAAGAAAUGGCUGCUACUGAGAGUUUUCCAUUUUGUUCCAGAUCCACCUCCACAGAAUAUCAAAAGAAACCGGAAGAGCCUACAAAAAGUUAGAGACAAAAUUCAAGAAAAGAUACACAUACAUAAUUGUGACUUCACAGAGCUAACUUCACUGAUUCUCAUCCUGUCAUCACAAAGUGGACUAUCUGAACUUUCAUGAAAGAUGCUGUGACUUUGAAACCAGCAGGUCAUCUGGAGCCUGGGAGCUGGCCCAGCUCUCUCAGGAUUCUACAGACUUUGGAGGUGGCAGGAAAAGAGACAGUGGUAGUCAAUGUUAUUUGAGCAGGGUCAGCAGGCCCUGGAGCUUCCUGAGUGUACAAUGCAGAAGGCUGCUUACUAUGAAAACCCAGGACUCUUUGGAGGCUAUGGCUACAGCAAAGCCACUGACACUUAUGGCUACAGUAACCCCCAUCAGCCCUACCCACCCCCUGCUGCUGCCAGCUCCCUGGACACUGAAUACCCAGGUUCUGCCUGCUCCAUCCAGAGCUCUGCACCUCUUCGAGCCCAAGCCCACAAGGGAGUGGAACUCAAUGGCAGCUGCAUGAGGCCUGGCACUGGGAACAGCCAGGGUGGGAGUGGUAGCAGCCAGCCAUCUGGUCUGAACUCAGAACAGCAGCCACCACAACCCCCUCCUCCACCACCAACCCUGCCUCCAUCUUCACCCACCAACUCUGGAGGUGGAGUUCCUGCUAAGAAGCCCAAAGGUGGGCCAAAUGCUUCUAGCUCUUCAGCCACCAUCAGCAAGCAGAUCUUCCCCUGGAUGAAGGAGUCCCGACAGAACUCUAAGCAGAAGAACAGCUGUGCCACUGCAGGAGAGAGCUGCGAGGACAAGAGCCCGCCGGGCCCAGCGUCCAAGCGGGUACGCACGGCAUACACUAGUGCGCAGCUGGUGGAGUUGGAAAAAGAAUUCCACUUCAACCGCUACUUGUGCCGGCCGCGCCGCGUGGAGAUGGCCAACCUGCUGAAUCUCACCGAGCGCCAGAUCAAGAUCUGGUUUCAGAACCGGCGCAUGAAGUACAAGAAGGACCAAAAGGCCAAGGGUAUCCUGCAUUCGCCGGCCGGCCAGUCCCCAGAACGCAGUCCGCCACUCGGCGGCGCCGCGGGCCACGUGGCCUACUCGGGCCAGCUGCCGCCGGUGCCCGGCCUCGCCUACGAUGCACCCUCGCCGCCAGCUUUCGCCAAAUCACAGCCCAACAUGUACGGCCUGGCAGCCUACACGGCGCCGCUCAGUAGCUGUCUGCCACAGCAGAAGCGCUACGCGGCGCCGGAGUUCGAGCCCCACCCGAUGGCGAGCAACGGCGGCGGCUUCACCAGCGCCAACCUGCAGGGCAGCCCGGUGUACGUGGGCGGCAACUUCGUCGACUCCAUGGCGCCCGCGUCUGGGCCUGUCUUCAACCUGGGUCACCUCUCGCAUCCAUCGUCGGCCAGUGUGGACUACAGUUGCGCCGCGCAGAUUCCUGGAAGCCACCACCACGGACCAUGCGACCCUCAUCCCACCUACACAGAUCUCUCGGCCCACCACUCGUCUCAGGGACGCCUGCCCGAGGCCCCCAAACUGACGCAUCUGUAGCGGCCGCCGGGCCAAACUUGUGGUUCAAUUACCUCUCCAGCUUUGGUGGUGGGGGUGGAGGGCGGGCCCCGCGGGGCAGCUCGGGGACCCCUUCCCCGGCUCUGGUCUGGCCGCGGCAGGGGCUCAGGAGACCAGGCCUCCCUUCCAUGUGCGUCCUCCUUUGGGUGACUCGCCAUAAAUCAGCCGCAAGGAUCCUCCCCUGUAAGCCUGACAGUGCCAAGUACUGCGGACGGAGGGACUCCAAUCUGGUAAUGGUGUCCCAAAGGUAAGUCUAAGGUCCAUCGGUGGCGUGCCCAGCCGAGUGACAGAGCCCUAAGAGUCCCCGUCUUGGCCCGCGUCUAGCUUAGUUGCGGAGACCUUAAUUUAUAUGCUCCUUCCCGUCCCGUAAAGAUUGCAUCGGACUAAGCUAUCUAUUUAUUUGAAGCGAAUCAUUUCGUUUCCUUGAUUAUUUAUCCUUGUCUGAAUGUAUUUAUGUGUAUAUUUGUGGAUUUCUCCAGCCAAUUUAGGAACGCUCCUAGGCCGUGGGGCCACAUUUCACUUCUUUAGUCCCCUUGGUCUGAACUAGUUGAAAGAGUAGUUUUGAACAGUUGUAACUGUGGCUGGUAUUUGUAGUUGAUGUAAAGGAUUAAAACCACAAAUUGUCCUUCAUGGGUAGAGUCAGGAAACCUGGUGGCUUGGCAAGACGCACAUUAGUCAGUUCUCAGCAGCUAUAACCCUCGCUACUCCACACAGUUUAUUGAUUUCAAAUUGUCUGGUACCAUUUGAACAAAUAUUUAGAAUAAAAAAAUUUUCUCAGUC